AUGUCCUCACAUAACGCUUCCCAGCCCACUGCUCACCACCCCCACCUCUCAAGCUCCAAGAUGACCAUCGCUGCAACCCGCCCCAAGAUCCUCGGCAUCGGCUACCCCAAGUUUGCGAUCCCAGAGUUUGAGGACUUGCAAAAGUCCUAUGACAUUCACUACUUUGUGCCCGGAGACCGCAAGCAGGUCGUCUCCGAGGUGAAGCGCAUCUGUGACGAGCACGGUCCCUUUGACGCUGGCUACGUGCUCUUUGGUACAGCCAUGUACUCGCCCUUCAACCCCGACCUCCUUGCUCCUCUCUUUGAGAAGCCUGGCUUCUGUGGUCUCUGGGCUCAAGGUGGUGCUGGCUACGAUGACGUCGAUGUGCCCUUCCUCACCAACAACGGCGCGUGGUUUAGCAAUACCCCUUACUCGGUCACCAACGCGACAGCGGACAUGGGCAUCCUCCUCAUGCUCUCGGCCCUUCGCGGCGUGUAUCAGGCUGAGAAGGCUCUGCGGUCCGGCAAGUGGCGUGACAACAUGCCCCUCACCGAGGACCCCGAGGGCAAGACCCUGGGGUUCCUCGGUCUCGGCGCAAUUGGAAAGAGCAUGGCACGCAAGAGCAAGCCCUGGAACAUGUCCAUCCUGUACCACAACCGCAACCGCCUGACCGUCGCCGAGGAGGAGGAGCUGGGCGCGACAUACGUCUCAUUCGACGAUCUGCUUGCCAAGUCGGACGUUAUCAGUGUCAACACCCCUCUCACGCCCGCCACUCGCCAUAUCCUCAACGACGAUGCAUUCGCCAAGAUGAAGGACGGUGUCUACAUUGUCAACACUGCCCGCGGCGCCGUCAUUGACGAGGAUGCGCUCGUUCGCGCUCUGGACAGCGGAAAGGUCGCCCGUGCUGGUCUCGAUGUCUUUGACCCCGAGCCCAAGUUCGAGUCCAAGCUCUUCAACCACGACAACGUCUCGCUCCAGCCUCACCUCGGCGCCUUCACCCGCGGCACCAUCCUCCGAGGCGAGCGGGAUGUGUUUGCCAACGUCAAGUCUUACCUUGAAACCGGCAAGCCAGUCACCCCUGUCAACGUGCCUGCGACUGUGGAGAAGGUUUAA